AUGAGCCAUUUAGGCCCUGUAUUUUACAUUUUCAUCAAGCACAUGCAGAGACUACCGGCCCCACUUAUUUAUUAUUCAAUCAGUAUUGCUAUUAUGGCCGUUUCUUUCGUGCUAGCUGUCAUGGGUUUAGACGCUAAUAUAGCGUUUCUCACAGCGCAGAGCCCAACAGAUUUACUUCCUCUAUCUCUAAACAAGGGCCAGAUUGCAAGUCCCCUCCUCCUUCAAUACGAUCACACGACUGGCGUAGAUCUUGGAGCCCUUUCGGGACACUCUUCAUGGGGGUUUCUGAGCCAGAUAGCUGAAACAGUGGCCAAUCCAGAUUGCGGCUCUUACGGGGUUAGCGGAAUUACCAGCUACGACGUGGGCUUCCACUGUGGCAAACCCCUCUUCACACUCACUAUCUUCAACAAUAAGAGUACAGACCUUAGCUCUCUUGCCAGUGCUGCUUAUAACUUAAAGAAUCUAGGAUCCAGUGUCCAAAUAAACACGUACAAGCAGUGUGAAUCCUUGCAGGGAUGGAUUCUUUUCGGAAAGUAUUCCUCCGGGGCAGGGGUGCUCUACAACUCCCUGCACACGGCAAUGAUACAAGAUUGCUAUGAUAGCCUAUACUUUGGGGAGACCUAUCAGCCCCUUCUGUUCAUUGUGUAUGCUUUGCCACACGUGUUAGACUUCGAUGACGUUAGUAUUGUCGGGAUGUUUUUCAUCUUGACCAUCAUCCUGCUCAAUCCAACUUUCUCCUUUCCGAAUCUGAUUGAUUAUAGUGUUGCCUCGCGGAUUGAAGGCCGCAAGUUGAUAAUGCACAACAACGGAUUGCGGCCAUUUGUCUUCCACUUAGCCCAUUAUCUUAUGCUAUUCACGUUGACAUUCUCCAGCUUUCUUCUCAGCUGGAUCGUUAGUCUGGCUGCUGGAGUCAAGUGGAGUACCGUCAAUCCAAUAUUGCCCGUUUUGGCGUUCUUAGCUGUUGCAUUUGAGAUGUCUAUAUUGGUGUUCGCAUUCUCGAUGCUCUUCAAAACUCGUGAGAGUUUCCGCAAUAAUUUUCCCAACUAUAUGAUGGCAAUAUUUUAUAUUCCAUCCUUUAUUUCCAGCUUUGCGGGCUCCUCUAUGCCUGCAUAUAUCGACAUUAUCCUCUGUGUCUUCCCCACAACACUGCUUACGAAGCUCUUUGCUACCAUGGAGUACUACGGUUUCUAUUCUCGAGGACAGUUUAGUUUCGCCGAUCUGGCUGAAGCAAUGAUAGAUAAAAAGCUUUUACUAUACAUUCUUUUCACCCUCAUCUAUGGAUUGCUAAUGGCACUAUUAGUAACUAUAUUUGACAGGCCCUAUAAGUUUUCUUCGAAAAGGAAGGGUAAGCCCAUCGACGCCGGCCUGUUACAUAGCACAUCCACGCAGCAAGACACUACCAUUCCAGAAACACAGGCAAGAGACCCUUUCAUGUUAAAUGUCCACAAGGAGAUGGAGGCAGUUAAAAGAGAGCUUAACGAGACGCGAUUUCAUUCGCCCACAGAUGCUGUUGGACGAAUUGUUGUAUGCAAUCUAUCCAAGACAUAUGAGGUAAAGGGAAAGGGCUGUCAGAAAGGCGUGCAGUUUAUCCAAGCACUCAAAGAUGUCAGUCUACUCUUUACUAUAAGCAGGGAGGAAAAUAUCAUCUGCAUUGUUGGUCCUAACGGCUGCGGAAAAUCAACCCUCUUCAAGUCUAUAGUGAUGCUCCAUUCCUACACAGCUGGAGACGUGUACAUCAAUGGGAAGUCGGUGGUAAAGGCAACAACAGCUGCUAGGACAAGAAUGGCAGCUUCCUUAGGCAUCUGUCUUCAGGACGAUGCCAUUCUUUACGAGCCUCUCACUGUUCGGGAAAACCUGAUCUGCUAUCACAAGAUUUCCCUCCUAAACAGCUCCCAUACAUCUCCAGAGGACAACAGAAGCCUGUGGAAUAUAUAUAGCCAGGUUAUGGACCACAACUUUCUCGGUCUGAGGCAGCAUCUGGACAAGAAGGUGUCAACGCUCUCUGGUGGCUGGAAGCGGCGUCUAUCAGUUGCCUGUAGCUUAUGUAACAACCCUGGCAUACUGCUUUUGGAUGAGCCCACGUCUGGACUGGACGUCACGGCUCGCCUCAAAGUCUGGACGGCAAUCCAUGAGCUGGCACACAGUCGAACCAUCAUAGUGUCAACCCACUCUCUGGAAGAUGCCGACACAUAUUGCAAGAAGCUUGUGUUCUUGUAUGAAGGCCGUGUAAUCUGCGUAGGAAAGCCGUCAGAAAUAAAAAUGAUGAAUACAGGGAGGAUUCUUGUUACUAUCAAAUAUCCAAUUGAAGAGACAUCUGCUGCAAAUAACUUGGACAGAGAGCUCAGAAGUAGACACGGAGAACACCUCGAUGAGACUGCACCCAGUAAAAAGUCGUGGUCAAGCGUACGGUACUACAACCUCCAGCUGGCGAAUAUUUCUCUAGCGACCCUGUUCAGACGAUUGAUCACUGAAAAGGAAAAUGGAACAAUAACUGAUUUCACCGUGGCGCAGCCAUCUCUAGACCAAACAUACUUGAGUCUUAUGAAGUCGGCCCGCGACCACUUCAACCCUGCAGUUUAA